AUGAUUCCAUUCAAAAGCACAAAGCAAGACUUGUUGCAAAAGAUGGCAUCGAAGGGAUGGUUUUUGUAUCAACUUGAUGUGAAAUCGGCCUUCUUGAAUGGUGUCUUGGAGGAAGAAGUAUUUGUUGAUCAACCUCAAGGUUUGAUUGUCAAAGGCAAGGAACAAAAGAUAUACAAGUUGAAGAAGGCUUUAUAUGGGCUAAAAUGCAAAAGUGAGCCAACCUUGUACAUUAAGAGGCAAGGUAACACCGGUAUUCUCAUUGUUUCUAUCUAUGUUGAUGAUUUGGUUUUUACCGGUAGCAAUGUGAAAAUGAUUGAGGAUUUUAAAAGAGACAUGAUGAAGAAGUAUGAAAUGAGUGAUUUGGGUCUCUUGCAUUAUUUCUUGGGCAUUGAAAUUUAUCAAAGUAAAGAUGAUAUUUUCAUUUGCCAAAGAAAGUAUGCCAGAACUCUUCUUGAGAAGUUCAAGAUGAGAGAAUGCAAGCCGGUUGCAACUCCCUUGAUUGUGAAUGAGAAAUUGUCAAAAGAAGAUGGAAGCAAAAAGGUGGAUGAAUCUCUUUAUAGAAGCUUGGUUGAAAGCUUGUUGUACUUGACUAUCACAAGGCCGGAUAUCAUGUAUGCUACAAGCAUGUUAUCCCGUUUCAUGCACAAUGCAAGCCAAACUCAUUUUGGAGUGGCUAAGAGGGUCUUGAGAUACUUACAAGGAACACUUGAUUAUGGCAUUUUAUAUGAGAAGAAUGUUGAUACCAAAUUGCUAGGAUUUUGUGAUAGUAAUUGGGCCGGAUGUGUUGAUGAUAUGAAGAACACUUCCGCAUAUGCUUUUUCUCUUGGCUUGGGUGUCUUCUCAUGGGCAUCUAAGAAUCAACAAACCGUGGCGCAAUCUACCGCCGAGGCCGAGUACGUGUCGGCAUCAUUGGCAACCUCUCAAGCAAUAUGGCUAAGGAGGAUUUUGGAAGAUGUUGGUGAAAAGCAAGGAGAAGCUACUCCAAUUUUGUGUGACAACAAAUCCGCAAUUGCAAUGACAAAGAAUCCCGUCUACCAUAGCCGCACCAAACACAUUGCCAUUAAGCAUCACUUCAUUCGAGAGGCCGUGGAAGAUGAAGAGAUUCAACUUGAGUAUUGUGCAACCGAAGACCAAGUGGCGGACAUCUUCACCAAAGCUCUUUCAAAGGAAAAAUUUCAAUAUUUUAGAGAAAUGUUGGAUGUUACAACAAAGCAUUAA